ACUCGCCGCGCGCAAGGUCAAGUGCGAGCGUCCAAGUCAUUGCUCCUCGCGUGCGCGUCGCAUAGCUGCGCUUGCGCCAACCGCAUUACAGUGGCCGCCGAUUUGUGUACGCGAUCAAAAAUGAUUCAAAAACUUUUGUUCUUUUGCCUUGUGUGCGUCGCUCAUGCGGUCGCUAGCAGUGAUGACAGAUUCAUUAAGAAGUACGCCAUGAUGAAGAUUUAUGAAAGUUGUUUUGGUCCUGAAGUUGUAAAACAGAUUCGCAAUGAAAUGAAGGAUGCCUAUGCUAAAUGCUCAGCACCGCCAUCUUUUGACGAACCGCCAAACCCGCCACCUAUCUUCCUCGGUAAACUACCGCCCGGUUUCUCCAUGGACCCAAACUCGCAAACUAUCACUAAACCAACAGAUGGCGCUUUACAUGGUUCUGGAAAUGAAAAUGUAUUAGAUCAAGGACAACAACCACAGAAAUCUCCCCAUGGCGGAGGUGGGAACGUCUUCGGAUUUAGACCUCACGGACAACAACCAUCCCUACCACCAUACAUGAUGCCCUUAAACCCUCAAUUCCGGCCGUUCAGCCCCGCUACGCCAUUCUACCAGUUCCCGUAUGGUGCCCCAGGGUUUUACCCCCCAGGACCCCAGUACAACCCUUACGCCUACCAACAGUACCAGCAGGGGUACUACCAGCAACCUUACUUUGGAUCUAACAGGAUGUCGCGCGAAAUGGGUCUACGUGACCGCCUGGACAUCAUCUCCCGUGGUCCUGGGGCGGGUCGCGUGAAGAAUAUCACGUGCGUGAUGCAGGAGCUCGGCUACAUCGACCACACGCUAGAGCCGAACUACGAGCAGAUUACCCAGAGGAUCGCCAACCUUCCCGUCUCCAGCGAACUCAAGGGUGAUAUACAAGACGGGCUGCAGUUCUGUCAAAAGUUUUCGCAAUGCGUGCCCGACGUGAAGCGUGACGUCGCGCCUCUCUCACAAGAACUUAUCAAGCCAAUGUUUUUCUUCCGCUGCUACAAGCACAAGAAGCUGGAAGCGUGUAUAAUGAAGGACAUCCGCGAACGAUUCACCAGCGAGGACGAGCUAGAUACAGACACGGACUUCAGCAGGUCGUUGUCCAGGUCGGCCCGAGCAAUCCGCGAGGACCCACUCAGCGAUCCCAGGUUCGAAGCUCUCGACGAGAUGGCGGUAUACCUAUAUGAUUACCUGAGCGGGGGUAGCGGAUUCGAUUUCGACCUGUACAUGUAGGAAGUAGGAAGACUGACCUGUCCACUAGUUGGAACGGUAUUAAUGUAAACUGUUAAGAAAUCUUGCCUUUAAGACGAUAUCGUCUAAAAAUAUUACUAUGUUUUGAAAUACAUUAUAAAAAUUGUAUGUACCUAUUUACAAUCACAGAAUAAUAAGGGAUUUUAUUUUAAUCAACAUUAAAAUAAGAGACGGUUCUAAAUUCAAAUGUAAUUUUGUAAGUGAUAUUUCAUCUCUGAUUAUUUUUAAAUUUAGAAACAAAAAGUAAAUUCUGAUCGAUGUAUAUAAAAUUAAAUUAUACAAUAAAAAAAAGUCAAGAACAAUUUAAAAAAACAUACAUUAUAAACCUGUUUUAUAUUAAAGUCAGUUUAAAUAAUAUAUAUUAUAAAUAACGUUUAAUGAUAAUGAGAUUCUACAAAAAUUCUCAUUUUGUAUAAAUAUUUGGUCGUCAAAUUUCAAUAUUUAACCUAAAUUAAUAAUAUAAAAUUAUCGAUAAUUUAAAUAUUAACGAAUAUAAUAAAACUUAAUCCGAUGACAUUAUUUUGUCAUUAAGGGCUCAUUUGACUAAUUUUAAUUUGCAUUUCUGAGAAAUGAAAUUUUAGCAUAUACAAAGUAAUUGGGACACGAUAAUUAUACAUUUUAAAUAGGUUAUUGCAACAGAUUCAUUACUAGUUAAAUAGGUACUUGUGUAAUGUAUUUUGUACUUAGGUAGGUAUAUACAUAUUUAUUCAUCGAGUCCAAUUCUCUAAAUAAACAAAAACAUCAAACAAACAACAAAUAUCGUCAUUACAUAAACAUAUAUUAUAUUUCGUUAAAGACGUCACCAGACUUGACUUGUAAUUGAUUAUUAUUCACAACUCCACUGGUUAAAUUUCAAAUUCAAAACAUUAAUAUCAUAAUUUGUGAACACAAUUGAAUGUACAAAAAAAAAUAUAAGACUUCGAACUUCAAGGUGCCUAAUUUUUUGCUCUUUAAGUACGUAUGUGAAAUGUCUUGCAUAAAUUUAUUAUAAGUAGCAUAUAUUUUUAUUAGAUAUGUAUUUAUUAAAAAACAAAAACGAACCUGUUCAAAGUGGAUUGGAAUACAAUAUUUUCAAAUUGCGACGUUGUAACAAAGCAUUAUAUUUAGGCAUAGAUUUCAAUAUGCAGUAUUUUUCCUGCAUUUGGACAUUGUUAAGUGUGCCUUGUUCGCAAAGAAUCAAUUUGAAAAUAUGUUUUUCAUAUAAAGUAAAAAAAAAUUUUCUGCACUCACUUUAAUUUUAUUCUAUAUAAAAACAUAUCAAUUAAAAUAAAUCAAUUAAUUCAUUUAUUUACUGUUUACAAUUUUUUGAAAAUUAUUUUUACAAUCAAAAAGAAACAGCAUAAUUUUUAAGAAAUAAAAUGUUAAUAAAUUUAUUCUAUCCCGAAAUAUCAAAAAUAUAAUCUAUAAAGCGAUUGCUUCCGAUCUCUGGUCUGGUUGCAACUUAAAUCAUUCUCCAUGACAAAUAAAAUAACUGUAGGUAUAAGAAUUAAAUAAUAUGUAGAUUUUUUAGAUAGAAAUUUGUAAAUGAAUUUCUUCAUUUCAUGUGUAAAUGAAGCUUUUUAAUGCUAUAACUUUGGACCUACGUGUCUGGAAGUUGAAAUAGUCGGUUAAGACUGACAGGUGGUUAAUAUUGAAAGGUUUGCUAUGAUCAUAAAUAGUAAAUUAUUAUGUAUUAUUUUUUAUAUUAUGGUAUUAAUUAUUACAUACUAGCUUUUACCUGCAACUUCGUCCGCGUGACCGGGAUAUGUCUAAUGACCGGGAGAAAUGGUAAUCUAUAUCCUUCUAUAUCCCAUAUAGUACGCGUAUACCAAAUUUCAUAGUGAUUGACUAAACCAUACGCAAAGUAAAGUAUAGUAAGGAAUAUGUGUUAUUUCUUUUGAAAUAAACAUAAAAAAAAUUGUAUAAAAAUAUAUCUGUAUAAAUGUAUAAGUAUAGAUAAUGUACCUGUAAUUAUACAAGGUAUAAAAUAAAAAAAAAUAUAUAUACUCUUUUACGAAUAUAAUAAAGUAGCCUUAUUGCUGAAAACUUGCUCAAUAUUUUCAAGGUAACCUUGAAAAUGUUUAGGUUUAUUCGAAAUAUUUUGUACCUUUGAUAAUGUCAAGAAAAAACUGUUAUUUUCAGUUACAUGUUCAUUUGACAUUAGCAAACAUCUCUUUCAGACAAUAAUUAACAAAUUUACAUAAGGUAACUAUUUAAUUUACAAUGUCAGGGCGAACGAGUUUAAAAUAUGAUGACUUCAAAAUUUUUAUAUAAGUACUUCACUCAUUAAUUAUUACUCAUAUAAAUAAACUAUGGUGGUACAUACGAAAUAUACGACUUCUUUUUUGAAUGGCAUACAUCUUCUAUAUUUCCUUGUUCAUCUAUUCAGUAAUAAUAUAUUGUAAUAGUAAAAAUAAUAUAUACGAAUAAUAUGUAUUAAAAAUAAUUGAAAUUUAUGAUUUUUAUAGCAAACCAGGGUUCUCGUCAUACAAGCUUGCCAACAAAGCUUUUUGAUGACAAUAUCUAGGUUUUGGUUAUUGUGUAACUUAUAUUAUAAAUUUUUUUUUUACGCGGGAAAGGCUAAAGAAAUAUGUCUAUAAAGUAGAAUAAUAAAUAAUAAUAGUACUAUUUAAUAUUCUAUUUUCAAGAUAUCUAUCUAAAUCUGAUGACUAAUCUUCUCUGCUCUUUUUACUCAUUAUAUGUAAGUAAUGCAGCAACAUUUAUUUUCAAUAAAUGUUGCUUGUUGAGAUUAAACAGUUUGCAUUUAUAUUUUUUAGGUUAA